CAUUGACUUUUGUUGAUGUGGCAGCCAUGUAGAUGUCACGUCAAUGACACAUAAUAUUUUUAAUUUAAAACUAAAUCAAAAUUAAAAUAGAAAAAAAUAAAAAAUAAUUCAGAAAAUAAAAAGUCUUGGUUCUUCUCACAAUUCGCUUCUCUUCAACGACGAGGAGUGUACUGGGUAGCGACAUAGGCGCCGCCGAUUUAGGGAGUUUGCAGGGAAUUUGUGUUGCUGUUCUCUCUCUACCUCCCUCGCUCUCGCCUGCAUAAAAGAGAAGGGAUCCCCUUAACUUUCUCCGAACCUGAGCAACAGUCGAUUGCCUUCCUCUCCUACCUCCGGCCUCCCUCACUCUCGCCUGCCUAAUUGUAGAUCUGGAUUCGAGUUUCGAUUCCGAGCAACCUAUGUAUUGAAGAACACUCUCCACCGCUUUCCGAGCAGCCUAAUUGUAGAUCUGGGAAAUCUCCUCGAUCCUCAUGAUGUUUCGAGUCGAUUUCAGGCAUCAGGCAGCCGAUGUACCAGACUUCUGUUCCGGGCGAGAUGCCGUCGCGGAGCUGGAGGUAGAGGGAUCCCUCGUCGAGCUCGAACCGCCACGGCACAACGACAGCAUGUUCGGGUUGGGUUUUGCUCGGAUGGGGAGGUGGUUCGCCACUCCGACCCGACGCUCCAGUGGGGUGGCGCGUUCGCUGGGGAAGGUGGGCAUCUGAGUUGUUGUUGAUGCCGUUGGGUGAGGAUCGAAGGGGGUGAAGAAGGGAGCUUGAUGGGCGCGGGAGUCGGACAACAAUUGAUGACGCGAAAAUCGUUGAUGGAUGCAAGAAGAAGAAGAAGAAGGAGAAAGGAAAAGGGGGAAGGAAGUAGGAAGAAAGAAAGAAGUCUCGAUAGAUACAAAAAAGUGGUUGGAGACAUUUUUUGUUUUCAUUUUAAUUAUUUUUUAAGUAAUAAGGAAAAUUAAAUAAGUAAUUAAUAAUAAAAAUUUCA